CAUGAAAAUAGAGGAAGUUUUGAUUUUGCUUUCGUUGAUGCUGACAAAGUUAAUUAUCAAAAGUACCAUGAGAGACUCUGGCAGUUGUUGAAGGUGGGUGGUAUAAUAGUAUAUGAUAACACACUUUGGUUUGGGACAGUUGCUAUGCCAGAAGAAUCUACCAAGGAAGAAUUGAAACCAGGCAGGCUUCACACCAUUGAAUUUAAUAGGUUUCUAGCUGCUGAUAAUCGCUUUCAAAUUUCUCAAGUCCCUUUAGGUGAUGGAAUCACCAUUUGCAGACGACUCUGAAGAUUCUGUCGUCUAAAGACAGAUUCAUGAUUUAAAGUUUGUGUGCUUUUUAGAUGUUGAUAAUCACUUUCAAAUUUCUCUAGUAUCUUUAUGUUGGCCGACUCUGAAGAUUCUGCAUUCUUAGAGACAGAUUCAGGAUUUAUAGUUUGUGGGUUUUUAGAUAUUGCUAAUCACUUUCAAAUUUCUCUAGUUCCUUUAUGCAAGCGACUCUGAAGAUUCUGUCUUCUAGAGACGUGUUCAAGAUUUAAAGUUUAUUGGAUUUUAGCUCUUGAUAAUCA